AUAAAUAACAGCUACAGGUGCGUUUUAUAAACCAUUCCAAUAAAAGUCUCACGAUGAGAUUGUGCUUCCUAGUUUUGGGCUGCGUGAUAGCUGCUAGUGCCUGGCCAGUCAAUGACAUUUCGCUGCGAGUCCAUGGCCUCAAUGGCUGGUAUGUGCCCCAAGUGACUGGCGGUCUAAGAUGGGUCACCAAGUCGGAAGGAGAGCGCGAGUUGGCUUCUUAUGAGAACCAAUUGGAAGGUCGUUUGUCGACCAACACUGUGAAAUUCUACUUGUACACCCGGACAAACCCCUCCGUAGGGCAGGAGAUUAAAGCCACUCAAGCCUCCAUUGAUUCUUCUAACUUCAACCCCGAGAAUCCUACCAGGAUCACCAUUCAUGGCUGGAACGCCAACUACAAGGAUGGAGUUAACACCAGAAUAGCCAACGCCUGGUUCCAGUUCGGAGACUACAACAUGAUUGCCGUGGACUGGGCCCGUGGCAGAUCCUUGGAGUACGCCUCUUCAGUAGCCGGAGCUCCGGGAGCUGGCAAGAAAAUUGCCGCCCUUGUAGACUUCCUUGUCGAAAACAAAAGCAUGAACCUGGGCAACUUGGAGGUGGUGGGCUUCAGCCUAGGCGCCCAUGUGGCUGGCUUCACGGCCAAGAAUGUGGCAAGCGGAAAGGUCGGCAAGGUGGUGGGCUUGGAUCCCGCCUCCCCGCUGGUCAGCUACUCGAACACCGAGAAACGUCUGGCCAGUGGUGAUGCCCAGUACGUGGAGGUCAUCCAUACCAAUGGCGGUACCUUGGGCUUUACCAAGACCAUCGGACAAGCUGACUUCUACAUGAACGGCGGCAAGUCCCAGCCUGGAUGUGGCUUCGAUAUCACCGGCAGUUGCUCGCACACCCGAGCAGUUAUGUACUAUUCGGAGGCCCUUCUGUGGAACAACUUCCCCUCGAAGAGGUGCGAGACCUACCAGCAGGCCAACAAGAACUCUUGCGGAGAUCAGUUCAGCACAGUUCAGAUGGGAGCCUUUGUGAAUGCCUUUAUGGCCGAGGGCAUCUUCUACGUUCCGGUAAAUAAGGAAUCGCCGUUUGGGUUCGGUGAGAAGGCCACUGAGACUACUUCUGCCCCGGAAAUCACUACAACUCGAAGCGAAGAGGAAACUACUGCUGCUCCUGGAGGACAGGAAACCACUGCUGCUCCUGGAGGAGAGGAGACUACUGCUGCUCCAGGCGGUGAGGAAACUACUGCUGCUCCCGGAGGAGAGGAAACUACUGCUGCACCUGGUGGUGAGGAAACCACAGCUGCCCCAGAAGAUGAUGAGACAACUGUUGUCCCUGGAGAAGAGACCACCGAUGCCGGAGAUGAUGAGACUACAGAGACUCCCGGAGAAAAUGGCGAUGACUCGACUACCGAAGAACCAGAAGAGGUCCCUACCACCUCAACCAUCAUUCCAGAGACUCCAACCGUCACUACCACCACUGAGGAGCCCACCACCACCACCAUCGUACCAGAGACUCCAACUGUCACUACAACCACUGAGGAGCCCACCACCACCACCAUCGUACCAGCGACUCCAACUGUCACCACAACCACUGAGGAGCCCACCACGACCACCAUCGCUCCAGUGACUCCAACUGUCACCACAACCACUGAGGAGCCCACCACCACCCCCAUCCCCGUGGAGCCUCCAACCGUCCCCACAACCACUGAGGAGCCCACCACCAUUACGACCAUCUCGCCGCCUGAUGACGACAAAAAGCCACCUAGCAGUUCCAAAAACAUUUUCAUUUUGAACGUGUUUCUGGUCAACGUUAAAGUGGAGAAGUAAAUCAAUAACCAAAAACAUUCCGUAGCUGACUGAGCGCGGAAAAGUUAGCAAUAAAGUCCCAACCAAUAUCGCAUUUCCAAUAAAACUGAAGAGCAUGAAAGGGGCGGGAUAUGGGAACCCCUUGCUUUUAAUUACCGA